AUGGAGACCAAAAAGCAGAUCAAUAGGAGCCUAUUAGUGGAAGAGCUUGGCUCAAGAGGAUGGAAUUCAAAGGAUUUAUCUUCUCCCAUUCAGAAUCUCCAUGGCGCCAUCUUGAUGGACACUACAAAGAUAUUGGGAGUCCAAGUAAUACUCAUUGCAGCUUACUCCCUCAUCAUCCUGUUGGGACUAGUUGGAAAUUCCUUGGUCAUUUACAUGAUAGUGAAAUAUAAAAACAUGAGAACUGUAACAAACUUUUUCAUAGCUAACUUGGCAGUAGCAGAUCUUAUGGUGGACAGUCUCUGUCUACCUUUCACUCUCGUCUACACAUUAAUGGAUGAAUGGAAAUUUGGUUUAGUUUUAUGCCAUCUGUUUCCCUAUGCUCAAGCUAUGAGUGUCAAUGUUUCUACCCUCACUCUGAUAGUAAUUGCAGUGGAUAGGUACUGGUGCAUUGUGUUUCAUCUAAACAGCCGGAUGUCUAAGAAUCUCAGUUUUUUUAUCAUUGCCAUAACAUGGUUGGCUGCUGCCAUUUUUGCAAUUCCAAUGGCCAUAUUUAGAGAGUACAGGUAUGAGGACCUGCCAACCAUCAACCUAAAGAUAGCAGUGUGUGCUGAGAAGUGGCCAUCAAAUAGCAGGGAUGCAACAAUUUAUAGCAUGUUCAUGCUAAUCCUACAAUAUGUCCUACCCCUUCUGGUCAUCUGUUAUGCCUAUAUAACAAUAUGGUUUAAGCUAAAGAACCAUAUAAGCCCUAUACCCAGGAGUGACAACCAACAGCGAAGGAGGAACACCACCAAGAUGCUUGUGAUGAUGGUGGUAGUAUUUGCUGUGUGCUGGCUUCCAUUUCAUGUUUUCCAAUUGGCUAUUGACCUGGACUGGGCACUUGUAUUUCAGGAGUAUAAGCUCCUCUAUACCAUAUUUCAUGUAAUUGCAAUGUGCUCCACUUUUGUUAAUCCCUUUCUCUAUGGCUGGAUGAACAAGAACUAUAGGAAUGGCUUUCUCUUGUUUUUUGGAUGCAAAAACAAGCUACGGAAUGGUCAGCCUGAUGGUUCUAUCCGGGGCCAUUCGUAUACUUUCCGUGCCACUACAUUUCCUGGAAGCUUUAGACAUGGUGGUGAAAAUGGACAGCCACCAACACAGGUUUAG